AAGUACUUACAUACCUACUUACUAUAUUUUACAAUCCAUCAAACUGUUUUCGGUGCAUAAAUUAAAAGUAUAGGUUUAAAAAUCCACCUUGUCCUUGUCAGCACAUAGUCAUACUCGGAAAUAGAUACAAUGACAUAGCAGUUUUUCUGUAUUUCGUCAUUAUUAGAAAUUCACGUAACUACUGCACACCGCACCGAACCAUAAUCAGUACAUAAAGUAUUUAAAAGACGUUUCCCUGAAACUUCUUAUUCAAUUAUUGACCGUCGGCGCUAGUUGAGUGUUUCGUUUACGAAAAGUUUUUGCCUCUAUUGUAGCUGAAGUGGUUGGACGGUGCGCGCUAACCUUGUGUUAUCAAAAUUGAAGGCCACAAUUUAUCUACUAAGUUGAAACGAAUCUAGUUGGUCGCGAUGUUGAAGAGUGCUUCAAAAGUUACAAUAAACACUGGAAACGUGUUGAAUUUGAUCGAUAUCAAGAAAAAGGCUGGCCAGAAUGUCACUGAAGAGCUUUCGGAGAGUAUUAAGCUGACGUUGACGGAAUGGGGUUCACAAAAUGGCCUACCUAGACAUGCACAAAAUGGCGUCGAUACACAGGAUGGUGACGAACCGCAGACGUCGAGACAGCAAUCCGACUACAAGGUGGUAUCGACAUCGAAAGCGCCCGAGCAAGCGGUUGUAAAUAUAACCAGGCCCCAUGACGAUGUACUGAACAAAAUGGCGGAGGAAGAACGGAAGAACUUGAAGAUAGGCGUUAAGAUAUUCAUCAAUGAAGACAGCACUAGUUUACUGACGGAGUGUUUGGAAAAUGUGUUCGCUGCUCUGCAUACUGAAUAUAUCGACAACGUGAUACUGUCAUACAACCCGGACAUUCUGCACCGGGAAGACGCAGAUGACACUAAUCUUAAGAACAACUACUCGACAAAAGCAUCGCCUAUAUCUCUCGGUAGCAACAUUGAGACAGAUGCUGACAGCGAUGCGGACGCGAGGAAGUGUGAAGCUAUCCUGCCCGGGAUCAUAGUGCUGUGGUCCGUUCUGGAAGACUAUGUGAAACAAGGCCGCGUCCGCCUCCUAGGCGUGGCCGACAUCGGCAGCGGCUGCCUUCGCCGCUUACACGCGUCGUCGUCCGUCCGGCCCGCCAUAGCGCAGAUCAACCUGGCGGUGUGCUGCGUGGUGCCGCCCGCGCUGCACCGCUUCUGCCGCGCGCACGACGUGCAGCUGCUCACGCACGCCGACCCGCCCGAUCUUCUAUCGACCGCCGCUGUGAAGACUCUAUCUGAUGCCGGCAUAGGAUGUAACAACCUGGACUGGUGCGCGAGAUACCAGGUCCAUAUCAAAUGCCGAGGAGUUUUGGCCUUAAAGGGAUACGUUUGUAAGGGCACACUGGCCGAGAAGGCAAAUUAA